GGAAUUGUUGGGAAAAUCAGUAUUGUGUAAGUUGCAUUUGACUUGAGAUUUAUUCAAAUAAAUGAUGAAAGUACUACCGGUAUGCGUCGUUUUAAUAUUAGCGUUAGAUUGUUAUUUAGCAGUACCGUACGGGUUUCUGGGCGUGCGCGGUAAAAAAUCUCUCGUAGAAGCCCCCGAUCAAUAUAAUUACGAUUCCACCGAAUUAGAUUAUCCGUACGAAUCAGAAAACGAAAAAUCUUUAAUUAAUUAUUUGAUUAAAAGUUUUCCUAAACAAAAUAAUCAGCCAAACGGUCAAUGGGACGAUUUAUAUGGGUACGUCAAGAGGGUACCAUAUGGGUUUACAGGUGUUAGAGGAAAACGAUCUCCUGUUAAGUCAUACACGCAAAGGCUCACCGACGACAAACAAGUAUUGAAUUUAAACUAAUACAGGACCAAAUUUAGACGCUUUUCGAAUUUAGUCGUAAAUAUUUUUUAACAACUUAAUUUAUUGCUUGUUAAUACAAAGUUGAAUAAAUUUUCGAUUUUU